CUCCGCAUGUCUGAGUCUCUCUCAGACCAGUGACUCCUCCCGGGAGCCUUCGGGAGGGGUGAGCGCACUUUGAAUCGCUGCUUGAGAGUUAUUUCGGGCUGUGUAAAUUCUGCUGCGGGUGCACGAGGGCCAUCUCUGGGGUUAUGAUGCGUGCGAAGGGCAGGGACUCUUUGAGGCGGUCUGCGCAGGGUUCCGGCCACGUGCGGGCGUGCCCAUCCUAGUCUGCGUGCCGCGAUGCGUGCACUCCCCUGAGCGCUGGGCGGCCCGGUGGCCAGGAACCUGCCGCUCUGUGUCCGGAGCUCCCCCUCUAUGGAUCCCCGGUUCUGGCUGUGCCUCAUGAAGCGCUUCUGCCCGUGUCUCUGCGGACUUGCGAGCCAGGACUGGAGUAAAAGCGACGAGAGGCUGUUGCAGGCGGUGGAGCAGAAUGAUCCAGAAAAAGUCGCCGCCCUGCUGGUGAAAAAAGGACUCUGUGCUUCCAAACUAGACGGAGAGGGGAAGUCGGCGUUCCACGUGUGUGCAGCCCAGGGCCGUCUGGAUUGUCUGGAGAUCAUCCUGUCCCAUAACGUGGAUGUCACCGCCACAGACAGCGCUGGAUUCAACGCCCUUCACCUGGCAGCCAAGAGUGGGCACUCUGAGUGUGUGAAGAGGCUCUUGCAGGAAAGGGUGCCUGUGGACUCCACAGAUGGUUUCGGUAGGACAGCUCUGCACCAUGCGGUGGUCUGUGGUUGCCUGUCCUGCACUGAGAUUUUGUGGGAUUUCAAGGCGUGCCUUGAUGCUCAGGAUGGGGACGGGGCCACGCCACUGUUGCUGGGUGCACAGAUGAGCCGCGUGGAACUGUGUGCCUUCCUAUUGGAUCGUGGGGCCAUGGCCAACCUGCAGGACAACCAGGGCCGGACGCCUCUCAUGUUGGCCUGUGAGAGUGACAGCAUGGAGACGGUGGAGGUGCUGCUCAGGGGCGGAGCCAACCCUCUGCAGACCGAUGCACUGGGACACAGUGCCUCCCACUACAGCGUCGCUUCCGGCAACCGGUACAUCACACGCCUCCUGCAAGACGCAGCCAAGGAGGGCACAGGAGAGGAGGUAACUGCUCAGUGCUUUAUAAUGCAGCCUCCGCCGCCCCCUCCGCUGCCUGGGCGCUCCACACCCCGCAAGCGGAAAGCCCCCCCUCCGCCCAGCUCCCCUUCUCAGGGCUCUUCAGCUUCCCCAGACCCACAGAGGCCCUCUCCGGCUGCUCAGUCCCCUGACAUACAGCGCCCCCCUCAGGCCAGCCUUAUGGAGGAUGAGGAGGUGUUUGAAGAGAUCCGCAGGCUGAGGCUGGAACGGGGACGCCUGCUUCAGAAAAUCAAGGGACUGGAGCAGCAGCAGCAUAGCGCCCACUCUGCACUGGAGGAGCUGUGUCUGCUGAGGGAGCGGCUAGAGCAGGCCGAAGCUGACCGAGACCGGCUGAUGAUGGAGAUGGAGCAGCUGAGAGGGCUGCGGGCGGCCAGCGACUCGGAGGACAUGGAGGACAUGCUGGACUUCCCGGGUGCUGACCGACUGCUCUCCAGACGUUCCCGGGCUUCCGAUCCUGAGUCGGAACCAAGCCAGGCUGACGCCGCCUCCCAAGGAGACUCUGAGUCUUCCUCCGCCCCUCGCAGCCGGAAGGAGCUGGAGGCUCUGGUGGAGGAGCUCACCGCCCAGAAUACUGACCUGGUCCUCAAAGUCAAGAUGCUGGAAACGUUUGAGAAGGACGACACCGACAUGCAGAGCUCCGGGCCGGACUUCGUGCCCACGGUGCUCUAUGACUCCCUGAGGAAGGAGUUCGAUGAGCUGCAGGAGCGCUACUCCCAGGCCCAGGCUGUGGCCGAGGCCUCCAGUGUGACAGGAGAACAGGGAUGCAUUGAGAAGAUGGAAGGGGAGCAGGGUGAAGAGGAAGAUAAUGACGAGGGAGCCACAAAGGAGGCUGAGAGUGCCGGUGUGCUGAAGGAGAAGCUGAAGGAGAUGGAACAGCGGCUGGCUGAGACCCAGACGGAGCUGGAGGAGCUGAAGGAGCAGGUUCAGGUGGGGGUCUUCUCCGUGGAGCUCAGUGGGGGCCAGAACCCUGGCAUGCAGGAUCUGAUGGAGCAGGUGAAGGAGCUGGAAGAGGCCCUUGAGGAGAGGCGGGGCGAUGGGAGUCCUGAGAGCGACAUGACGAGGCAGCUGAGGAGUAGGGUGGAGGAGCUGGAGUCCACCCUGGAGCAGAGGGAGGCGCAAGGGGAGAGCGAGGGAGGAGGUGACAGAGAGCAGGAAGGAGAAGUGGUGCGUAGGCUGCAGGGCAAGGUGGAGAAGCUGCAGGGUCAGCUCCAGGAGUGCGUCCCCCGGGUGGAGCUCGAGGACAUGCAGCUGACCAUGGGGCUGCAACUGGAGCAGCUGGCCAGGGAGCGUGCAGAGGCCUCACUGCGGCUAAACAACGCACUGUUGGAGCUGGAGAAGCUGCGGCCCCCUCCACAGGGCGACGGGGAGGAAGACGAGGACGAGGAGGAGCAGUCUGAGGGAUCAGAUCCCUCCAUCACAUCAGAUCGCUCUGCUCAGAUGUCCGCUGGCAGCACCCUGGCUGCAGUGAGAGAGGAGCUGGAGGUAGCGCGGCAGGAGGCGGCUCAGGCCCUCGACUGCCUGUGCGCAGAGCGGGAGGGACGGGCACAGGACGCCCUGCAAAUGAAGGAUGCAGUACCACUGUCCCAGCACCAGGAGGCGCUGUCCGCACUCACCAGUCAGCUGGAAGAAGUUGCUCAGGAGCUCGAGGCAGAAAGAGACAAGCAUGGACACACUCGGCAGGAAGUAUCCAGGCUGCAGGCGGAACUGCAGACCACGAAACGGGACUUUAUAUCCAAAGAGGAGCACGAAAAAGUCAAGACGGCGCUACAGCGCUCUCUGCAGGACACUGAGAGCAGUGUGCAGGCAGCCCAGGAUGUGCUGAGUGAAAAGGAGGCGGAGCUGAAGGAACUUAGGUCCCAGAGGGCCGCCGAGCAGGGCAUGGUGUCCAAGGAGGACCACGAGGCCCAGCGGGUCUCCCUGCAGGCCGAGAUCAACGCCCUGAGCGCCCAGAUGGUGGAGCUCACACGCAAGCACGAGAAGACCUGCACGGAGGUGUUCCAAGUGCAGAGGGAGGCCCUGUUCAACAAGAGUGAGCGUCAGGCAGCGGAAGAGAAACUGGUGGCCACUCAGAAGCAGCUGGUGGACCUGCAGGCCCAGUCCAGCCACGUGCAGGAGCUGCACAAGGGCAUCCAAGACUCACAAGGCCUGAUCAAGGAGAAGGAUCGCAAGAUCACGGAACUGUCCAAGGAAAUAUUCCGGCUCAAGGAGGCUCUGGGAGCUCUCUCUCCCCCUCUAGGCCUGUCCUCCUCAGGCUCCUCCAGUCAACAGGUGGCGCUGCAGAACCACGUGGCCGUACUUACGCAGCAGCUCCAGGAUUGGGAGCAGAAGCACCGGGCCGUGGUGUCUGUGUAUCGCUCUCACCUGCUGUCAGCCGUGCAGGGUCGAAUGGACGGGGAGGUGCAGGCCUUAUUACUGGAGAUCCUCAGGAUGUCACAGAAGGAGCAAGGCUGAAACACCCAAACAGGCCCAAACAGACCUCCUCCUACUGCCACAGCCGUCUAGUUACGGCGUAAAAUCGUCAGAUGGAAUACAUUAGUUGUCGGACCCGAGAAGAGAAUUCCGAUUCAUCACUUUUGCCCUCUGACAACAAUAGUGCAACGAGGCGUGACAGUCUUGUCUGAAUCACUGACAGUUAGCGAUUUAAUACCUUCAUUUCCAGCUACCCACCUGACUUUCUUUUGUAUUACAUUCCUUCAAUAAAGAGAGAUGAUGAACUGCA